CGCGCCAUGUCCACCUUCGGCCAGCACUUCCGCGUCACGACGUACGGCGAGUCGCACUGCGCCUCCGUCGGCUGCAUCGUCGACGGCGUGCCGCCGGGCAUGACGCUGCGCAACGAGGACGUGCAGGUGCAGCUCAGCCGCCGGCGGCCCGGGCAGAGCGACCUCACCACGCCGCGCGACGAGAAGGACAAGGUGACGAUCCAGUCGGGCGUCGAGCAGGGCAUCACGCUCGGCACGCCGAUUGCCAUGCUGGUGCAGAACCAGGACCAGCGGCCGCACGACUACAAGGACGAGACGCUCGACCUCUACCCGCGCCCCUCGCACGCCGACUGGACGUACCUCGACAAGUACGGCGUCAAGGCGAGCAGCGGCGGCGGGCGGAGCAGUGCGCGCGAGACCAUCGGCCGUGUGGCUGCUGGUGCGGUGGCCGAGCGCUACCUUGCGCAGGCCUUUGGCGUCGAGAUUGUCGCGUUCGUCUCCUCCGUCGGUGCCGUGCACAUCCCGCGCUUCCCUGGCGAGCAGCUGGCGUCCGACUCGGCUGCCAAGGCCGCGACGGGCGAUGCCGCUGCCGCGCCGACGAGCAGCGUCGACAACCACAUCGACACGAACGGCAUGACGGAGGAGGAGGCAGAGGAGGCACUGAGCAAGGAGUUCCGUGCGCUGCUCAACGAGGUGACGCGGGCGCAGGUGGACAAGACAGACAUUCGCUGCCCGCACCCCGUUGCCGCUGAGCGCAUGCGCCAGCGCAUCCUGCUGGCCAAGUCGCGCAACGACUCCAUCGGCGGCACGGUGACGUGCGUGAUCCGCCGGGUGCCGUCUGGGCUGGGCGAGCCGUGCUUCGACAAGCUCGAGGCCAAGCUCGGCCAUGCCAUGCUUUCGAUCCCAGCGACCAAGGCGUUCGAGAUUGGCAGUGGCUUCCGCGGCACCGAGGUGCCGGGCAGCCGCCACAACGACGCUUUUUACAAGCGCGCCGACGGCUCGCUCGGCACGCUCACGAACUGGAGCGGCGGCGUGCAGGGCGGCAUCUCGAACGGCGAGGACAUCUACUUCCGUGUUGGCUUCAAGUCGCCGGCUACGAUCUCGCAGAACCAGACGACGGCAACGUACGACGGCAAGGAGGGUGUGCUCGCCACGCGCGGCCGGCACGACCCGUGCGUCGUGCCGCGUGCGGUGCCCAUCGUCGAGGCCAUGGCGGCCCUCGUGAUCAUGGACGCCGUGCUGGCGCAGGAUGCGCGCUCCAUGGCCGCCGCCCGCCUGCCGCGCGAGCCCAUCCUGGCGCUGCCCAACUCGAUGCGCAUGCCCUCCAAGGUCAAGGCGGGCGGCAACCCGGAGGGCAACCCCGAGGCCAGAGACUAGAGGCUGCCUCUCACUCAAAAUGCGACCAGCGCGCGAGGGCUUUGCGGGAGACGGCGUGAUAAUGUAAAGGGCUAUCUAGACUUAAGCACAGCGAGGUGAC